AACGGGACACGGAACGGCUCGCCGGAUAAAGGCGCGUGGGGGCUCUACCGGGAGCGAUCCCGUACCCGCCUAGAUCCCCGCCCGGCCGCUGCCGGGAUUGUUGCGGAGCGUGAGCGCGCCGCCUCACCGCUGCGGGCGGGCCGAAGCGCAGCGCCCGCUGGCUGCCGAGACCCGUCCCGAGCGCUGGGGGCGUGUCUGUCCGCGCGCCGGGGGCGGUGCUGGCGGCGGCCGCGCUGCGCGCGCGAGGGGCGGAGCCGGGGGCUGCCGGGGGCGGGGCCUGUGCGGGGAGCGCUCUCGGGGGUUUCGCUCCGGCACGGCUCGGCACGGCACGGCACGGCCGCAACCAUGAUCCACAGUCUGUUCCUGAUCAACGCCUCGGGGGACAUCUUCCUGGAGAAGCACUGGAAGAGCGUGGUUAGCCGCUCCGUGUGUGACUAUUUCUUUGAGGCGCAGGAGCGGGCCUCGGAGGCGGAGAACGUGCCGCCGGUGAUCCCCACGCCGCACCACUACCUCCUCAGCGUCUACCGCCACAAGAUCUUCUUCGUGGCCGUCAUCCAGAGUGAGGUGCCGCCGCUCUUCGUCAUCGAGUUCCUGCACCGCGUCGUGGACACGUUCCAGGAUUAUUUUGGUGUCUGUUCAGAGGUAAUAAUCAAGGACAACGUUGUGGUGGUUUAUGAGGUGCUGGAGGAGAUGCUGGACAAUGGCUUUCCAUUGGCAACAGAGUCUAAUAUUCUUAAGGAACUGAUAAAGCCUCCUACUAUUCUGCGAACAGUCGUCAACACCAUCACAGGAAGCACUAAUGUGGGUGACCAGCUUCCCACUGGACAGCUCUCAGUGGUGCCUUGGAGACGUACUGGUGUAAAAUAUACCAACAAUGAGGCCUAUUUUGAUGUGAUUGAGGAGAUAGAUGCAAUCAUUGACAAAUCAGGUUCCACUAUUACUGCUGAAAUCCAAGGAGUGAUUGAUGCUUGUGUCAAGCUGACUGGGAUGCCAGACCUUACCCUCUCCUUCAUGAACCCUCGGUUAUUGGACGAUGUCAGCUUUCACCCCUGUGUGCGUUUUAAGCGCUGGGAGUCAGAGAGAAUACUCUCCUUCAUUCCUCCUGACGGAAAUUUCCGCUUGCUCUCCUACCACGUCAGUGCUCAGAAUCUUGUGGCAAUUCCUGUCUACGUUAAGCACAACAUCAGUUUUCGUGACAGCAGCUCACUGGGACGGUUUGAGAUCACAGUGGGGCCAAAGCAGACUAUGGGGAAGACUGUAGAGGGAGUGAUGGUCACUAGCCAGAUGCCAAAAAGUGUCUUAAAUAUGACCCUCACACCCUCCCAGGGAACACAUACCUUUGAUCCAGUUACAAAGUUACUGUCAUGGGAUGUUGGAAAAAUAAACCCCCAGAAACUGCCAAGUCUGAAGGGGAGCGUGAGCCUGCAAGCUGGGACAUCGAAACCAGAUGAAAACCCCACCAUUAACCUGCAGUUUAAAAUUCAGCAGCUGGCUAUAUCUGGACUGAAGGUGAAUCGCCUGGACAUGUAUGGGGAGAAGUACAAGCCAUUCAAGGGGAUAAAAUACAUGACUAAGGCUGGCAAGUUCCAGGUCCGAACCUAGAGGAUCCUGAUAGCAAGGAAGAGCACUUUUCCUAUUUCCCCUGUCCCUGGCUGUUGGAUGCAGCCUCUUAUCUCAUCCAUCUAUUUCGGGUUGCUCCCUUGUCUCUAGUAGCAUAAGCAGGAAAGCCAGUGCUCAGAGUGCUGGAAAAGCAGGGAAAAGUAAGGUUGACCUGAAACCACCUCAUCCCUACCUGAGUCUGAAGUAUUUGGAACAAUAGUAGAUGGGAGAGUUGCUCAGGUCCCUUAGGAUUAGCAAGUCAGCUAUGUAUGCUUGUAUCACCUUCAUUUUGCUGUCUUAGAGGAAAUUCUAGGGAUUUAUGGCCCUUUGUAGCUCCUCUUCCUUGUAUUUUGUUUGGCUUUUAUCCCAUUGUACGUGAUACAAAGUUGAAUUUCCACAAACUUCAAUGUGAUGAUCCAGCAUCUGCAUUCCUGUAUCACUGGGUGUUAGGGUGUAGAGCUGUGUAGUUCUUGCCAGCAGGGAGAACACCUAGCUGUUCUGCCUCAGAAACGACUGGAAGAAGUGGAAGGGUAGAUUGUUCUUCCCUGGAUGGGAGUUGAGAAGCCUGAGAUUGGGAAUGGUGCCACAAAGGGAAGAAGGGAAGAAGUGAAUUCUUUCUCUUUUUCAUAAGGCAUCCUGAUCAUCAAGGAUCUUUAGUCUCUGAAUACAGACUUGAAAUACAUUCAGAUCUUGUAACUGGUAUCUCCAUGUAAUUCUUCUCUUAUUUAAUCAGUGUUUGAAGGUAGGAAUUCUCCUAGCUUAUUUGGGGAAUCAGAAGAGACAGACAGGGAAACUUCUGUGGAGACAGCACUGAUGGAAUUUGAAGCUGUGGCUACAUGAAGAUAACCACUGUCCUAGUAACUUGUUGGGACCUCUUUUUGCCUCUCCUUGCCUAUUGCAAAUGAUGCUGAUACUGCUGUUUUCCUGCUCACUGAUGUCUUCCUUUGAGAUAAUUGUGACCUGGUACCUUUGUAGUGUUCCUCCUGUCCUACCUCAUUUCAGUUUCUCUACCAGUCAGGUGCUGUGCAGAUGGGUUCAAACCUAUGCCAGAUUUUUCACUGGGAUCAUUUCCUCAGGAGCUGUUGUUCCAUCUGCCCAUUCCAGCCUGUGGUACAUCCCUCUGUACAGCAGAAAUAGGAAAUGAGAGGCACCUACACUGUUCAUAUUGUCUGUGACAGGCUCUUUGUCCACUACAUGCCAGUGUUUUUUCUCUUGGUAGCAGAACUUGCACCUAAGCUGCUGUACAUGUGACCACACACGUGUGGCUGUGGAGUCCAGCAUGUACAGUUCAUGCUUGUGAACAGAACAGGGUGACCCUAAACGAGGGAGAGCAUUCAUUCCACCUUGCAUGUGGUGGACACUUCAUGAGUGGCAUCUUGCUUGUGGGAUUACUGGUUCCUGUGCAGCUGAAUUCCAUAGCAGGUGGUGUUCUGCUGAGGCGACGUUACUGCUGAGCAUGUUCAGUGCAAACAAAACCCUCAACAAGGGCAUCAAUAAAAUUAAUUUUUACAUGUCA